AUGUCCAAGAUACUAUCUCAAAAAAUUAAAGUGGCACUAAUCCAAUUGGCAUGCGGGAAGCCAGACAAAUCGGCAAACCUGCAAAGAGCUGGAACCUUAAUUGAAAAAGCUGUAAAGGACGAACCAGACACUAAAUUGGUGGUUCUGCCUGAAUGUUUUAAUGCACCAUAUGCUACUGAUAAGUUUAGACCAUACGCAGAAGUAAUAGAACCAGAGUCUAUUUCCGUUAAAUACCUCUCCAACAUUGCCAGCAAGCAUAAGAUUAUCCUAGUCGGAGGUUCAAUUCCAGAACUAGACCCAAAGACAGAUAAAGUAUAUAAUACUUCAGUUGUUUUCAACGAAAAAGGUGAGAUCAUCGGGAAGCAUAGAAAGGCCCACUUGUUUGACAUUGAUAUUCCAAAUGGAAUUACAUUCAAGGAGAGCUUAUCAUUAACUGGUGGUGACGAAGCAACUACAUUGGAUACCACAUAUGGUAAAAUCGGUGUUGGUAUUUGCUACGACAUGAGAUUUCCAGAAUUGGCAAUGAUUAGUGCUAGAAAGGGUGCCUUUGCAAUGAUAUAUCCUGCAGCCUUUAACACUGUCACAGGUCCGAUGCACUGGAAAUUGCUUGCCCGCGCUAGGUCGAUUGAUAACCAAAUAUACACUAUUUUGGUCUCACCAGCCCGUAAUAUGAACAGUGAUUAUCAUGCAUACGGGCAUUCGAUGGUAGUCAACCCUCGUGGCGAUGUCAUUGUUGAAGCAGGCGAAGGUGAAGAGAUUGUGUACGCAGAUUUGGAACCUGAGGCCAUCGAACAAUUUAGAAUGGGCAUUCCAAUCACGACACAGAGAAGAUUCGAUAUAUAUAAAAAUGUUGCGUAG